AUGACUAAGUCUAUUCUCGCUGUCAAUGCCGGCUCGUCCUCAGUCAAAAUUACUUUUUAUACGUUCGAGGACCAUCCGAGAGCGAUCGUAAACGCACAAAUAUCUGGAAUUACCGCGCCUCCACCGAUGCUGCAGUAUCGGCGAGGAACCACAAAACAUAAGGAGAAGUUAAAGGAGACGCUGAUAACCCCACAGGACGCGUUUAAAUAUCUCCUUCAGCGCUGUUUCGACGACCCAGAGCUAUCUGAAGUUGCCAGCAAAGAUGACCUCACCUACAUUUGUCACCGAGUAGUCCAUGGUGGUGAUUAUUGUGAAGUGACGGAGAUCAAUGGAGAGACUUACCACAGGCUGGAAGAAUUGGAAAGUCUUGCACCCCUACACAAUUUUUCUGCCUUGGAAAUCAUUCGCCUCUGCAGAAUUGAGCUACCAAACGUGAAGAGCGUUGCUUCUUUCGACACGGCUUUCCAUAAGACAUUACCUGAAUACAUGAGAACGUAUCCGAUUAAUCAAGAGGUCGCUAAAGCGCAGAAACUGCGAAAGUAUGGAUUCCACGGAAUCAGCUAUUCGUUCAUCCUCCGCUCUGUGGCCGACUUUCUGGGCAAACCAGCAGAGAGAACAAAUCUUAUAGCGAUGCACCUUGGAAGUGGAGCUUCCAUAUGCGCCAUUGAAAAAGGAAAGUCGAUAGAUACUUCCAUGGGACUUACACCCUUGGCAGGUCUACCGGGUGCGACGCGGAGUGGUGACAUCGAUCCCACACUGAUCUUUCACUGCAAUUUUGAGGCCGUCGAGUUGAGUUCUGCCAGUAACAAGGAAAUGCACAUCAGUACGGCUGAAGAUAUUUUGAACAAUAAAUCCGGCUGGAAAGGACUAACAGGAACAAGCGACUUCGCCAAGAUAGCAGUCGCUGAUCCACCUUCAGAGGCACACAAACUCGCGUUUGACAUUUUCGUUGACCGCCUUCUCGGUUACAUCGGUAACUAUUAUGUCAAACUAGAGGGCAAAGUUGACGCUCUAGUCUUCGCUGGUGGCAUUGGGGAGAAUAACGCGAUCUUACGCAAGCAGUUGAUUGAGAAAUGCCAAAGUCUAGGCGUAGAGAUCAACUCGGUGGCUAACAAUGGAGAACUAGAAAAUAGUGAGACUGUGAAAGAUAUAUCGAAGACGGUCAACAAAAAACCCCGGGUGCUGAUUUGCCAGACUGAUGAACAACUUGAAAUGGCAUACCACUUUGUUAACCCCGCAAAUUCAUGA